AUGGUGAUUAUCUAUCUAUCUAUCUAUCUAUCUAUCUACGCAUACUGUCUAGUCUGUCUAGGAAAUAUAGGCCAUGGAUAUUCAUGGGUAUAUCUAUCUAUCUAUCUAUCUAUCUAUCUAAUUUCGAUCCUGUGCUACAUUGAAUCUCAUGCUGUGCCUUCGCCAAAACCACAUGACACACAUUAUGGAGAAUUUUCUGAGGACCGUGCAAGUAUCUAUCUAUCUAUCUAUCUAUCUAUCUAACCUCGGCCUACAGGAAGCAUUGCUAAUGAAGUCUUGGCAGUAAAUUAUUUACUUAAUCAAAUUAAGAAAAUCAAAUCUUCGGCGAAAAAAUUAUCUAUCUAUCUAUCUAUCUAUCUAUCUACAACUGGMACUUUCGUUUUGGAUUUUCUUGAUAUCUAUCUAUCUAUCUAUCUAUCUAUCUAAAACAUUGUUGUACGUGUUAGUCCAGUUAGCUAUCUAUCUAUCUAUCUAUCUAUCUAUCUAAACGCCCAUUUCGAUUCUGUUCCAAACUCGCCCGGUGCGAGCGAUGAUGCCGUCAGCUGUGCAACGAUGCUUGAGAUUUUGAGAGUUAUGGCUAUCUAUCUAUCUAUCUAUCUAUCUAUCUAAGUAAUUUUCCUGUUUAAUGGAGCAGAGGAGUAUCUAUCUAUCUAUCUAUCUAUCUAUCUAACACAGCAUAAGUGGGCUUCGAGUAUAAGGGUAUCUAUCUAUCUAUCUAUCUAUCUAUCUAGUGGCAAAGAAAUUGUGUUUCAAACUGGACCAGAGCAUCCUUGGCUUGUAAGAGCAUACACUGAUGUUGCACCCUACCCCUGUGCGCAAGUWAUUGGCCAGGAAAUCUUCCAGGGUGGCUUAAUACCUAGUGAUACUGAUUUYAGGAUCUUCAGAGAUUAUGGAAAAAUCCCAGGCAUUGAUAUUGCUUAUCAUUCAAAUGGAUAUGUCUAUCAUACAUUUUACGACACCCCUGCUGCAAUAACCAAUGGCUCAGUCCAGAGGGCUGGGGAGAAUGUGUUUGCUGUUGUCAUGGAGAUGGCAAAUUCACCAUUACUACAAGACCCUGGAGAGUAUCGUCAUGGUGCUAUGGUGUUUUUUGAUUUUGUUGGUCUGUUUAUGGUUCAUUAUCCAGCAAGGAUUGGUGUUAUUGUGAAUAGCGUGACAUUUGUUGCGGCUUCUCUCUUUAUAAUCAACAGAUUUCUUGUUUUAAGUAGGAAACCAGAAUCUUCUAGUUCUGAAGUGCUUACAAAGUCAACACUCAAGUGCCUUGUUUCAUCCAUUGGUGUWCUYGUGUUAUCUUGGAUAGCUGCUUUAGUUUUACCUUUAAUGGUAGCUGUGCUUCUUGCAAAGACUGGUCACUUGUUGACAUGGUUUUGCAGACCAUAUUUGCUGAUUGGACUUUUUGUUUCACCUGCUGUUUUUGGUAUGGGACUGGUUCACUAUCUUGCAAAAAAUUACAACUUAAAGAAAACUUUUAAGUCUAAAUCAGCAGAUCAAGAAACCAUCUUAUCCACAUUAUGCAAACAAGAAACAGACAUGUUUUACUCAACCUUAGCUCUCUGGAAUGCACUUCUUGGACUUUUAACCUACAACAGAAUUGCUUCUGCACAUCUACCUCUUCUAAUGGUGGUCUUCCCUCUUGUAAUACGUGGUGUAAUAUGGGAAAAAUUUGUCCAGAAAAAAAGCUGUUUAUCCAAGCACAUAGGGAAAUUCAUGGCUUGUUAUUUAGUUUGUGUUGUGGUGCCACUGUGUCUUACAACKUACAUGUUAGUAACAGUAGUUGAGYUAUUUAUUCCYAUUAUGGGUCGCAGUGGAUCAGACACCAUACCUGAUCUAUUUAUAGCUGGGAUAUUGGCUAUUUUAGUUAUAAUGCAGACAUCAUAUUUGAUAAGUUUAACUUACAUUAUUCGUGAUGUGAAGUGGCCUGCUUUAYUGCURGUUGGUUUAACUGUGUCUUCCAUUGCUGUAUCAUUGUCUGGUGUGUCAUUCCCAUACUCCAGGGAGAAUCAAUGCCCUAAGAGGUUUUUCUAUCAGCAUGUGGUUAGAAAGUUUCAUGGGACAGAUGGUAGCGUGACAAAGGAGGAUUCUGGUAUAUGGGUUAACCCCCUGGAUUACACUGGAAUAACUCAUUUAAGCGAUGUYCCACUGAUGAAACAAGCUAAGCCCGUUCUUACUAGUGAUGGCGUYUAUGAAGGCUAUCCCUACUAUCUUCCUGCUAGAAACUUGUUCAAGAAAUCAUUCUACAUUCCUGGUCCGCCUCCAGAUGUCAAAUCCUUGCAUUGGAAUUUUAAACUCUUGUCACGCRCCAAAGAUGGAAACAUCAUACGUUUUACUUUCUCGAUCGAAGGACCAAACCACAUGAGCAUAUAUUUUGCUAUCCCAAAAGGAGUUGAUUUUGUAGAUUCAUCGAUUGGUCAACUCGAUUCCACGCAUGAUCCCGCCAAUAGUGACGGUACAACGUACUUUAUUUAUUAUUCCCAUGGCACCAGAACUGAACCAUGGAUUUUUUCCUUAGAACUACAGGUUGAUGAAAAUCUUCCCAAGAAUGACCGUAGUAUGGACUUCGCAGUAGCUGCUCAUUACUUGAAUGGGAAAGAGUCACGAACACCUUUCCUCAACGAGCUGAUUCAGCAAUCUCCAGACUGGGUCUUCGCCCACUCAUGGGUUAACAUAUAUGAAAGCUAUAAGUAUACUUUAUAAGAGAGAAAGGCCAGUCUAUCGAAAAUUGGAUGCUGUUGGAUGAAUGUUUUUUAACUGCGUAAGUUGAAGCUUUCGGACAGCUACUAUUGCGGAUAUUUUCCUAGCCACCUUCUAGUGUGCAUAAAGUUGGAGUAACACUUGUUGGUGUAGUUGCCUUUGCAGUUUUAUUGUGCAUCAAAACACAGCGCACAGCCGAGUGCUCUUGAUAUGUAAAAAAAUAACCAUAUCAAUGAGUAUUUUAAAAUGUUUUUGCCAGAAAAAAGAAGCCAAAAAAAGUUGAUGCUCUAGCGUCUCGUGAUAAAGUGAAAGAAUUGAAAACCAGCACAAACUUCAUUUUCUUUUAGCAGAAGACUCCCGCCGGGUCUUUUAAAUGUUUUCUGUUUUGCUUCAAGAGUGCGUUAUUACCAGAAACAAUGACGAACCAAAGAAGAUAGUUUUUCAAAGUGUUUUUUGAUGAUAAAUGAUGAAUUUUAGAAAAAAAAGUUUAUGUACUUAUCAGAGAAAAUCUAUUUUUUAUUUGUUAUUGACUAUAUUUUUUCAUUUGCCUCGUUAAUACGUUGCAAGGCCGUUCUAAUGUAUUUUUUAAGAUAACCCGAUAUUUCAAAGUUGUCGAAGGGAAUGGCGAAUGGUUUUAGGAGAACGUUAUUCUAUAUGCAAUCAUUGUUGUGCUUCGCGUAGCAUUCUUAAAGCAUUAUAUAGGUACACCGUAAAUAUUCAAUAUUACCCGUGAUGCCUUUCACGACGCGAUAGUCUUAGCUGAAGAUCGCCAUUUUCUCCGACAACCUCUUUUGCACUCGUCUUGAUUACAUGUAAUUAUGAUUGAACGUGCUGAAUGGGACAAAUCAUGUAGCUAUUCAAAGCUGAUAUGCUUCAAUUAAGAAUAGUAAAAUAAUAAAAGCUUCAUCAAAAGUUGUUAGAA